GUCCUCGGGGAGGGGAUUGGGGGACCCAGAUUGCUGGUUUCCUUGGGAGAGAAGAGCAGGCAGGCCAGCCUCUAGAGCAGAGCGAUAUUGGGGACCUGGAUGUGCAUCUCUGAGGCUACGAUGUCGGCACCCCAAGGCCGACCCAGACCUCGGGACUGAGUGAACAAGGGUGAGCCGGAAUGAGCGAAGCCAUUGCCAAACACAGACCGUGAAAAAACUCCUGGAAGAACAGAGACGUCGCCAGCAGCAGCCCGAGGCCUCGGGGGCACCGGCCCAAUUCUCCCCUUCUCCAGCCCAGUCCCUGACCCCAUCAGUGAAUGAGGCAGAGCCUGGAUCCCCUGGAUACUCGCCUCUAUGCGGAACCCUCCCUGCAACAGGCAGGAUCCUGGAGAGUUUCUGGCCUCUCCCCAGGACCCCCACAGCUGCCCCCAUGCACAGGACCAUCUCUGGAUGCAGCACGAGCUCACAUGCUGGCAUUGGGGCCCCAACAGCUGCUGGCCCAGGAUGAGGAGGGAGACACGCUCCUGCACCUGUUUGCAGCCCGAGGACUGCGCUGGGCAGCUUAUGCUGCAGCUGAGGUGCUCCAGAUGUACAGACAUCUGGACAUUCGAGAACAUAAGGGCAAGACCCCGCUUCUGGUGGCUGCUGCUGCCAAUCAGCCACUGAUUGUGGAGGAUUUGUUGAACCUGGGUGCAGAGCCUAAUGCCACUGACCAUCAGGGACGUUCUGUCUUGCACGUGGCUGCCACCUACGGGCUUCCAGGAGUCCUUUCGGCAGUUUUUAAAGCAGGAGUUCAGGUCAACCUGGAAGCCAGAAACUUUGAAGGCCUCACUCCCCUCCACACAGCCAUCCUGGCCCUCAAUGCUGCUAUGCAUCCACCUAGCCUUGGUCCCCGGAUGCUGAGUACUCAAGCCCGAGACAGACUGGCCUGCGUCCAGAUGUUGUUGCACAUGGGUGCAGACCAUACCAGCCAGGAGAUCAAGAGCAACAAGACAGUUCUACACUUGGCUGUGCAGGCUGCCAACCCUACCCUGGUCCAGUUGCUGCUGGAACUGCCCCGGGGGGACCUACGGACCUUUGUUAACAUGAAGGCCCAUGGGAACACAGCCCUCCACAUGGCAGCGGCCCUGCCUCCGGGACCUCUCCAGGAGGCCAUUGUACGGCACCUGUUGGCAGCUGGAGCAGACCCAACUCUUCGAAACCUGGAGAAUGAGCAGCCCAUCCACCUGCUGCGCCCUGGGCCGGGCCCUGAGGGGCUCCGGCAGCUGUUGAAGAGGAGCCGUAUGGCGCCCCCAGGCUUGUCCUCUUAGGACUCAACUCAGACCUGGACUGAUUUUCCAGUCCCCACCGUCCCGUGGGACAGUCAGCGUAUGCUAAUGAUGCAAAUCCAUGAUAAUGUAUGGGAACAUCUUGCCAUUAGGGUCUUACAUUAAAACCCCAAAAUGGCUGUGCGGGGUGUACUAGCCCCAAUAUUUGGGGUAGUGUGCUACCCCUCACCCACCACAAGGAGCCUUCUUAAUGAUUUCUGUGAAAUCGAGGCCCCUUGAUUGUUUCUGUGAAACACCCCAGACCUCUCUAACUGCCCCCCACCAGGAUCUUUCAGGAUCCUCUCCCAGCUCAGCCACCUGUACUCAGAAACACAGAUGACAUCUCCUCUGUGGUAUUCAAGACAUCCCAGAACCCUAGAUGGCCCCUAACCCUCCCGAGGAGCCAUACCACUUGGAUCUGAACCCCUGAGAUGCAGGAAGGGCCCUCUGGGACUCAUGUGGCCCGGUUCCUACUGCUCUCUAAGAAUUCAGUGGAGUCCCUGUCCCAGACCUCCACCGUCCCAGUGAAUCAUUUCCCUAACUUGCGUGUUUCUGAAGCACCUU